CAACAACUGACAUGAACUGAAUUCAGUCUUGUUUGCUGUCCGACACCACAAUUUGUAGUCGGAUAUCGCCACUGGUGCUGGCUGCGUGUUGACGAGAGAAGCAACGACGACAGAGAAGAUGAGCAGUCCACUGGCUGAAAGCACGACAGCCUUGGUGGCUGCGCUGCAAGACAGCGAAUCCUUCAGUGUUGGGGCUGUCGAAGUUCUGCGCGAUGUGUUUGCCGGAUUUGCCACUGGCGACGUCUCCGCCGAUGACAUCACCGCCUUCCUCCAACAGGACGUGAUCAAGGAGAAUGAGGGCUUUGAUGUGAUUGCGGCAGACUCCCUCAUGCUUGCUGUUGCCGAGAACAAAGCCAACGAAACCAAGAUGCACGAGCUUGUCAAGGCCGUGUUUGCAUCUGGCGCCAUCGACCAGAGCAUCCUGCGCGAACGCCUCGACAUUGCCGUUCUCAAGGCCUGCAAACUUGUUCCCGCCGACUACGACAAGGGGCUGAUGCGCAUGCGCAUGAAGAUGUUCUACAAGCAGGAGAAGUACAACCUGUUCCACGAGGAGAACGAAGGGUUUGCCAAGGUGGUGACGGAGCUUGGCCAGGACUUCACAGCGGCCAGCGUCACCGCUGACGAUCUCAUCACCCGCAUCCGCACCCUCGUCGGCUUCUUCAACCUUGAUCCCAACCGUGUGCUUGACCUGAUGCUGGAUGCGCUUGAAGAGCACCCGCAACACGCCGCCGUCUACACCGCCUGCCUGGCGCAGUUCACGACAGCACAAGACUCCAUCGCCAACCUCAUCGGCCUCAAGCUCGCUGCAAUCGCAAAGCAGCCCGGCCCGCCGCCAACGUCGCUGUAUGCGACCAUCGCCCACCUCAUGGACAGCGGUCUCCUCUCCCUCUCCGCCCUUGAGCCGCACCUCCUGCCAACGCUUGAGGAGACACGCGAGCGCGUGCGCGCAUAUGUCAAGUCCGUCACCAAAUACGUCAACACCUCUGCCAUGUCGCAGGAGGUGCAGGCUCAGCUUGAUGCUGCUGCCGCUGCUGCGGAUGUGGACGAGCUGAAGGCGAAGCAGCGCGAUCAGCGGCUUGGUCUCGCCGUUGCGUUCCUCAAAAACGGAAACUGGGACCUGGCAGAGAAGAUAAUGUCACAGCUGCCUGCGUUCUACGUGCCGUCGCUGCCUGCUGCGCGCACGGCGAUGCUGACCACGCUGCACCACUGCAUCGAGCCCCUCUACCGCUCCGUCGCCGCAACCAAGCUGUCCCGGCCCUGCCCUGCCGCCACGGCCUCGUCAUCAUCGUCAUCGUCAUCGUCAUCGUCGAUGCCUGCAUGCACGUCGCUGGUUGACUUUGCGGCGCGCGUCAUGCCUGCACUCUCCUCGCUCGGGCCUUUUCUUGCAGACGACCCCGUCCUCAUGACAAAGGCUGUGCGCGUGUGUGCGCAUCUUGUGUCGCUGGCAAAAGAGGCCGGAGAAAAAAGCACGGCAAUGCUGGCGGAGGUGGAGGAUCUGUUUGCCCGAUGCAUCCUCCCCUCCCUCAUGCGUUGCUCAAGCAACGCGCCAAUUGCUGCGGAUGUGUGGGCUGCGCUGCAGCAGCUGCCGUACCAGGCCCGCUUCAAGAUCUACGGCUACUGGAAGAAUGAAUCCUGGAAGAACCAGCCGGAAUUGCUGCUUGUGCGUGCGAAGACUUUCAAGAAGGCAAAGUCACUGUUCCAGCGGUUGACGGCAGAGAAUGCUGGCAAGAAGAUGGCGCACGAUCUGAGCAAGGUUGCAUUCACCAACCCCGUGCACCUCUUCGAAUACGCGCUCAGGCAGAUUGAGGCGUACAGCAACCUCGUUGAGCCGCUGUCUGAUGCGCUGAAGACACACACGCACCUCGCAUACGACAUCCUCUCCUUUUGUGUCCUCGAGGCGCUCUCAAACCCGCAGAAGAGCAGGAUGAAGAAGGAGGAUCUGUUUGAGAGCUCGUGGCUGCAGAAUUUGGCCGCGUUUGUUGGUCUCAUCCUCCGCAAAUACCCCGUCGACUUUGAACCCAUCUUGCAGUUCAUCAUCAACCGGCUGAAGGAGAAUCAGGUGCUCGACCUCAUUGUUCUCCGCGAAAUCAUCACGAAGAUUGCCGGAUACGAAAACGCCGAAGACAUGACGGAUAUGCAGCUGCAGGCGAUGGCCGGCGGGCAGAUUCUGCGCCAGCGCGGAUCAACAUUCUCCAACGCACGCCUGACGAAAGACCAGCGACGCGCGCUCAAGCACAUGACGGAGACGUUCACAUCUGCACAGGACGAAAUCCUGAUUCCGCUCAUCAUCCUCAUCGCGCAGCAGCGUGUCGAGCUGGUGUUUGGCGGGGACAAGGAGCGCCCUGUUGUUCUGAUUGGGGAGCUGUACGACAAGUGCCAGGAGGUCCUCAUGCAGCUCAUGCAAUGCGUCGAGGCGAACAUCUCAGAGUCGCUUUACUUCAAACGCCUGCCGCCGCUGGAGGAGCUGUGCACGACGUACCACCUCGAGGUCGACACCGCCAUGUUCCUGCACAGGCGUCGGCUGACGGCGUCGAUUGAGGAUUUGGCGGCGGAUAAAUCGCAGACGGGAACAGCGGUGCAGAAGUACAUGCGCGCAUCGGAGACGGCAAUGAAGGACGUCACAUCGUUCCUCAAGUCCCUCCACCCGCCAGCGGUGUGGACGGAGCUGAGCCCGCAGCUGUACUCAACAUUCUGGACGCUCUCGCUUUAUGAUCUGGAGACGCCGUCGGCCGCAUAUGCGCACGUCAUUGCAGAGCUCGAGGAGGCAAACCGGCAGAACCGGCCUGCCCCCGGGGACACGUCGCGAACGGAGAAGAGGAAGCGCCGUGAAAUCACCAGCAAUGAAGCAACCAUCAAGGCCCUCAAGGAGGAGGAGUCGCGCCAGAAAGCGGUCGUGAAAUGCGCACACGAGAUGCUGACCUCCCUCUCCAAGUCAUUCGUCCAGCCGUCCCACUCGCUGAAGAGCGUCGUUGUGUCGGAGUUUCUGCGCCUGUGCAUCUACCCGCGAUGCUUCUUCUCGGCUGCAGAUGCCGUGUACUGUGCCAAGUUUGCUGUGCUGCUGCACUCGAUGCGCACGGAAAACUGGAGCACCCUGCUCUACUUUAACUUCGUCUUCAAGCACACCGCAUGCAUCAUCAUGAGCGCGACGGAGAACGAGGCGAGCCGGUAUGGGCGCUUCCUCAACGAGACCAUGCGUGUGCUUGCCCGCUUCCACGCAGACCCGUCCGUCUACCAGAAGGAGUGCGCUCCCACCCCAGGGUUCAUUGCAAGUUUCAACAAGAACGAGCCGCAGACGGUCAAGUUCGCAGAUUACCGCAAGAUGUGCUACAACUGGCAGACACGCCUCCUCAAGGAUUUCCUGUCGAUGCUGAACAGCAAAGACCCGUCGCUGAUUCGCCGCGCCGUCCUCGUCAUGAUCAAGGUUGUCGACCACUUCCCGCGGAUGAAGAACUUGGCCAAGGUGCUGCUUGAAGCCAUUGAGCAGAUACUGAAGGACGAGACAACACGACAGGAUGUGAAGCUGCUGGUGACGUCGUACAACCGCCAACUCCUCGACAGGAGCGGCACCUGGGUCCCCGCGAACGUGUACAAUCCGACCGACACCAAGUCUGCAGCGAAGAAGGCGCCAGCGUCGUCCGGGAAAGCAGCUGCGUCCCCAGCGAAGAAGGCAAAGGCAACAACAGACAAGUCAUCAACAUCAUCAUCGUCCUCGAAGACAGAUGGGAAGAAGAUUGCUACAAAGAGCAACAGCAGCAGCAGCACGCCUGCCAAGACCACAUCGUCCUCAUCCAACAGCAAGCGAACGCCAAAGUCUGAGCACAAGUCGUCAUCAUCAUCAUCGUCACGCAAGAGCAGUGGCAGCAGUGGCAAGAAGAGCGAAAGCAACAAAACGCCCAAGGAUGAGAAGCGCAGAUCAAGCAAGGACGACAAGAGCACCGCUGCCACAACCCCGACCACCACCACCACCAGCAGCAGCAGCAGCAGCAAGCGUCGGUCCUCGACGGAUCCAAAGAGCGGCAAAGACCACGGCCGCGCCGCCCCAUCACCAUCGUCAUCGUCGUCAUCGUCACGUGCACGUGCACCGCCGCCACUUCCCUCACGCGGUGGCAGCACAGAGGACCUGCAGCCCAAGCGAGCAAAGGUCUCCUCUUCCUCGUCCUCUUCCCGCGACCGGAGUGGCUCCCCUCCCCCUCCGCCGACGGAGCGCGAGAGCCGUCGGAGCCGUGAUCGGCGCGGGGACACUCGCUCUGCUGCCCGCGACACGCGCCUGCCGCCCCCGCCUUCCCGUCGCAGCAGACGCUGAACCACCACCACCACCAUGGUGUUGCACACGCACACAGAGCGAGAGAGAGCGAGAGAGAGCGAGAGAGAGCGAGAUACACACACAGACACACACAGACACACACAGACAC